GCUGUUCCGGCAGCUGCUGCCGCCGUUCUAAAUCGAUCGCGGAGCAACGGAUCAGUGCCGGAAUCGAUGCCCUCGCCGUUCCUCCCCUUCCCUUAUCCUCGCUUCUCCCCCGGGCACCUGCGCGCGCCCGCCCUAGCGCCAGGCCCCGCAGCAGCCGCAGGCAACGGAGCCUCAGCAGAAAGUUAAUAAGCUAUGGAACGUGUGUUUACUCCGCUGGAAUGUCUGCUUCCCACUGGAAACCUGACAUUUUGCCUAUUGAUUGUUAAUCAGCCUUUGGACAAGAUUACUUUCAUCCUCUGUGGAGAAAAGCUGUUCUAAGAGCUUGUGCUGAUGGAGGUGCUAAUCGCCUGUAUCAUAUCACAGAAGGAAAUCGUGAGAGGUACAUUAAUAAUCGCAUACUUUACCUUUAGUCUUGGCUUCUUGCCUGAUUACAUCAGCGGUGACUUUGAUUCCAUUACGUCUGAAGUCGAGGAAUACUACAAGGUCAAGGGGUGUGAGUUGAUAGAGACACCGGAUCAAGACUUCACUGACUUCACCAAGUGCCUUCAGAUACUCCAGAAAAAGAUAGAAGAAAAAGGUCUCCAGAUUGAUAUGAUUGUGACCUUGGGUGGACUUGGAGGACGCUUUGACCAUGUCAUGGCAUCAGUGGAGACUCUCUUUCAUGCAAAUAAUAUCACUCACACUCCAGUUAUAGUUAUUCAGGACUUCUCCCUCAUCUACCUGCUUCAACCUGGAAAGCACAAAUUGCAUGUAACCACAGGACUUGAAAGUAAGUGGUGUGGCCUCAUUCCAGUUGGGAACCCUUGUGACAACGUUACUACGACGGGUCUAAAAUGGAACCUCACUAACCAUGUGCUAAAGUUUGGAACACUUGUCAGCACUUCAAAUACCUACGAUGAAUCUGGAGUUGUCACCAUAGAAACAGAUAAACCAUUGCUGUGGACAAUGGGUAUCAAAAAUAAGCAAAAUGCUUAAGAUUACAACUGCCUUUUUUUCAGCUGACCGAAGACUUUAAACAUGUUGGAAAAUUUCACUCAUUAAACAGAAACAAUUAUUGUGGCAGGAAUAAAAAAAAUUUUUUUUUUUUUUUGGAAGAGCAGAGGGAAGGGAAAGAUAGUGGAGUUCAAUAAGUCAAGUGUAAAAUCUUUAGGAAUAUAGUAGUGACAAAACUGACUGAAUAUAUCUCAUUCUAGUUCCGUGCCUAGGACACAUGCACUUCCUAAACCAGCAGCACUAAAAGGGACUAAUGGGCAUAGACUGAUCUACUCUUACUCCUUGCAGGAGUGGAUCCAUAUUAGGUUUUAAUAUUACUGUUAAAUCAGUGGUUGAAGAAUCUUUUCUCGAGUCAAAUUUUAAUUGAUUAUGUAUAUUUUUGACUUAUACAAAAUUAGUACAGCAGUAUUGUAAGUAAACCUUUUCCUGUUUAAUGCGACUAGAACAGGCUGAUCUUCUGCUCUGCUGUUUAGUAAGAUAGAUUGUAAGUCUACUUCACUUGAGUUAAUUGCAAAUUUUAAAAGGGAAAAAGUAAUAAAUACCGCUGCAGUGAAGCUCAGAAUAGCAGGCUGAGUAUUUCUUUUAAUGCUGCUGUCUAUGCUGCCAUUUUACUUCUCCUUUUCAGCAUCAGGUACUAUUUACAAACUUCUAAUUAACAGAAGGUAAGCAGCAUUAAACUAAUCAAGUGCUAGUAAACUAAUUAGUGUGCAAGCUUUUAUAGAUUAAAACAUUCAGAUUUGUCACAACUGUAUGAGCUUUGUAGGCAGAAGUUCAUGCAAGUUCUUUAAACAACUGGAUAAAGUUGCAUUUUAAUUUGUAAAAUUUGAAGAGACUGCUGUAAUAACCAAACUGGUAUAUUUUCUUUUAAAGGGUUUGUUAAUUUAAGGUGGCACAGAAUGCAUACAUCAUUGAAUAGAUGCUAAAUACAAUGGUAUAUAACAUUUAGUGUUAAUGUUGGUGUCAAGUUACACCAUCUUGAAAAGCACUGUAAAGACAGUAGUGGAAUCCAAAACUGUUUAGUAAGGAAGGAUAAUGGCCCUCAGCUGAUCUGUAAGUACAUCUAUAAUGUAUGUAUUUUAGUUGUGGCCUCUUAAAGAGUGUUUAGAACAAGAUCUGAUAAAACUAAAAUACUUUUUGUAAGUAAAACCACAGAUCAUGUCAACUCAAAGACUAGAGCAAAAUCUUUUCAGCUUGUUUCAUGCUUCUAGAGCAUUUUAUACAGACAUUCCCUUUGUAGGGGUUCUUCACCCCCCAGGUUACAAGACACAAUAUAGGAAAAUGGCAGUAGGUUAGUGUUUUUAAUCUGAAUAGAUUUAGAGUUGGUUUUUAGUACCACCUAAUGCUGGACCAAAAGUAGUAAUAUGUAAAGAAUUAUUCUACAGCUGAAAGCAGUAAACCAAGAAAGGCAGUUCAGUCACCUUACCUCAUCUUGUACAACUAGCAGCACACAGUGAUAAGUUAUUUACUGAGCCUAGAAAGUUCAAAGAGUCAGUAAAACAAAAUGAGACCAACUCAUAUCAAGCUUGUUUUAAAUCUUAGCCUGGUUUAUAGCAGUAAACAAACAAGAUACAGACUUAUGGAAUAUUAGUAAGCAAAAAAGCCCCCCACACCCACCCCCAUUGUCCAUCACUCCAAACUUCAGGUAACAGAUCUUGAUGAGUGUUCAGCCACCACUGUAGAACAAGAGAAUUUGAUCAGUGUCAAAUAAGACUGCUAUCUUAAGUUACAUCAUCCCAUUCUAACUGGAACAAAGUCCCCAUUAAUGCCUUAAAAACAGCACAGACAUUACACAGCUACUUCUCCAAGACAAUUUUCUUAAUUUGAGGAUCAUGCCACUCUUGCUCCAAAAGGGGUAGUAAACAGAUGUCAGAGGAGUCCUGAAACUUUUGCUGCAAUAUGCGUCCCAACUAGGGAAAUGGUUGAGAACAACUUUUGGCAAAACAAUUGCUAUUUUAACCAAUUAAGAAGCCUUAACUGAAGUGUUUGAAACGUUCAAUAUCAGUGAUUUUUGUAGUGCUACUUACCAGAUUGAUUUAAGGUUCAAUGUUCAUAUGCAAAAGCUUAAUACACAAAUUGUGGUAUACUGUACAAAAGUUAUGAUUAUGUAAAAUUGGAAACACUGCUUUACUUUUAAUAAAAAGGUAUUUUUAAUACUA